GGUAGGUUGGGAGGGGGUAAUUCGACCUAUCAAAUAAUUAAUGAAUGUGAUAGCAAACUGUGUAAUUCAAUGAAUGUGCAGAAGAGGUGGAACCCCAAGACCAGUGUGGAACGCAGCUUCUCAGGUUCUAAUGGCAGUAGGAUACAUCACCCUCGCGAUGGCACUGCCGGGCUCACUCUACAUCGGCUCCAUCGUCGUUGGAAUCUGCUACGGCGUCCGUCUCGCCGUCACAGUCCCCACUGCCUCCGAACUCUUCGGCCUCAAGUACUACGGCCUAAUAUACAACGUUCUCAUCCUCAACCUCCCCCUGGGCUCCUUCCUCUUCUCCGGUCUGCUGGCCGGACUGCUGUACGACGCGGAGGCCACCCAGACGGCCGGUGGCGGCAACACCUGUAUCGGCGCACACUGCUACAGGCUGGUGUUCAUAGUGAUGGCCGUAGCGUGUGCUGUUGGGUUCGGACUCGACGUCCUUCUUUCCAUUCGAACCAGGAGCUUGUAUUCCAAGAUAUAUGCGUCCAGGAGAUCCAAGAAGAUGAUUGCCUCUUCUUCAUCAUUGUCUUAAAGAAAAAGAAGAAGAGGUUUUCUAAAUUCUCAUUCUUGCAAGUCUUGUGUUCAUGGAUAUUUAUUGAAAAAACCUUGCUGAACCCUAAGUUACACCCACAUUUGACCCAAUGCGCUCAUAGAAAUCACCGAAACAAAACAAUGUUUCAUAUCUAUGAAGACAUUGCGAUCAAAAGUAAGGUACUGCAACUUUGGUGUUCACCAAGCGUGACUCUUUUUUUUCCCUCUGGCGCUAGAGCGCCAGACCCAAUAUGUAUUCGUUCAUUAAAUUGUUUCAUUGAAUUGAUAUUGCAAUGCAAAUAAAUUUUUUGAGCACCA